AUGUGGGUGACCCCGGGUCCCUCGUCCCGCUGCCCUGACGCCUGCCACAGCCCGGAUCCCCCUUCCCUUGCCAGGAUGCUGCUCCCUCUGCUGCUCCUCCUCUGGGCAUGGGGGGCCCUGGCCGCCUCCCCUCAUCUCCCCCCAGCAUCUCUCACCCUCCGGGUGCUUAAAACCACCGUCUUCCACAACGCCAGCUCCACGGAAGUGGCGGGGAUGGCCCUGCUGGGCGACCUGGAGACCCACUCCCUGGCCUGCAGCACCUGCGAGAUCCGCUUCCUGCAGCCCUGGGCCCAGCAGGGCCUGACCCCAAAGCAGUGGCAGGACCUGGAGCUGCUGAUCCAUCGCUCCCUGGCCGACUUCAUCCGUCUGGUGAACAAAGUGGUUCAGGAUGAAGGAGGAGGCUACGCCCAUCCUCAUCCCCCUGCCCUUCCUGUCCCAGACCCCUUUGUUACCCAGAUCUCCUUCAGCUGCGAGCUGCACCCCAACGGCACCUCGAGGCGACUCUGUGACGUUGCGGUGCAUGGCGAGGACUUCAUCAGCUUGGACAUGGACACAGGCAAAUGGGUCACUCCGUAUGGGGAGAAGCUGGGGAGCUACAUCCAGGAUCUUGUCAACCAGGAUAGGAGCAUAUCCACCCUGUUUUCGUUUCUCCGGAGAACAACGUGUCUUUACGGGAUCAAUAUCGUUGCCCAGUAUGGGAGAGAGUCUCUGGAGAGGCAAGAGCGUCCGGUCGCUGUGGUGUUUGCCCGAGCGCCUCCCCCAGCCGGGACCCCCGCGCUGGUACUGCUGGUUUGCCGGGUCACCGGUUUCUACCCCCGGCCCGUCCACGUGGCCUGGCUGCAGGACGGGAAGGAGGUGACACCAGGCUGGUGGCUGAACUCCAGCGGGAUCCUGCCCAAUGCGGACCUGACCUACCAGCUGCGCAGCUCCCUGGCCGUGGGGCCGGGCACCGGGCACAGCUACGCCUGCCGGGUGCAGCACAGCAGCCUGGGGGGCCAGAGCCUGCUGAUCCCCUGGGAGCAGAGCAGGCCCUGGGGCCCCGGCUGGGCCGUGGGCAUCACCCUGGGGGUUCUGGCCGUAGCCGCCAUGGCCGUGGUGCUGUGGCGGAGCAGACGCAGGGGCUACCAGGACGUUAGACCAGGGGAGUCCAGCGCCUCAGGGGACGGCACCGGACCAGGUGUGGGGACCAGCCCCUCUCCUGGGGACAUGGACCUUGGGAAUCGAUCUGCGCCAGGCUCCAGAGCUGAGGGUCCCGAGGACUGAUCUGGUUUGGAGCACUGAGUGAUCGGGGCCCGGGCUGGGGGGUUGGGAUUUUCCUUCCUAGGGAUGUUCGGAGCAUGCUGGACAUUUGGGAGCUGUCACAGAACGGGAAUUUUCUGAACUAUUUUAAAUGAAUAGUGUGUGUGCCUCCAUUACCCCAACGUGCUACCUGGUUAACUAGCUGGCAGGGAAAGGCUGGGUAAUCUGCAGGGACCCAGAGGUGACAAAUGUCAGCUGUGGGGCCUCGGCCCCAUGUCCACGGAGAGUCCGAGAAGGACCUUUGGUACCCAGCAAGUACCGCCCGUGGGUGGCUGACCCCUCAGCAGGAAGCCAGCCGGGUGUGCCCAGUGGGGGAACAAAGGGCUGAGGAGGGCCCAGGUCAGGUGUGUGUGUGUGUGUGAAGUGUGGGGGGCUGGAAGCUGGGGCUCUCUCCUGAG